GUUGCCCCACAGGAUCCGAGUGCCGAAGAGAACAGUUUCUUAAAUCGGCCAAGUUCCCUAGAUGUCUCCCGGACAUCCAGAACAUGCUAAGAGAACGUCUAGACGAAUAUGAAGCCGCCUGGAAUGCAAAUAAUUUCGAGGCUUUGGGAGAUUUCUACAGGGGAGACAGUGUCUUUGUACCACCUCGUGCAGAUAUUCAAAGAGGUAGUGCAGCGAUUGCUGCUUUUCUGGAGGAGUUCAUCACUGGAAGAGGUCUGGGAGCUGCCAAAUGGACCAUACAGGAUGUGAUCUAUGUCACAGACGAACUAGUCUUUACAAUUGACACAGUUGAGAUAGAACGUGAAGGCCAGCCUGCUGCAACUCUGAAGGAUUUCCUGUUGUGGAGGAAAAUAGACGGAAUAUACUACAUUCAGUACGGGAUUUCCAACCUACCUGCAUAGAGGCAAGCAGGAUAUACAUCUCCGUCGCAGAAGCAAUUGUUAUAAAUAAAGCAUAACCCCACAACUUUCCCGAAAUGUUGUUACAACACAUCUCCGUUGCAAAUGCAUUUGUCGUCAAUAAAACGUAAGCAAUUUCAGCUUUCAUGA